AGCACGCCCUCGCAAGGUGGCUCCCGUUUCAUCAGCGCCUCCACAUCGCCCGGGGACUUGAAAUCUGCGACAUCUCGGAGAACACAGGAAGUAUUCGCAAUGGCUGAUUGACUUGUGAUUUGCCCAAUUGAAACCGUCGAUGUAGGCGCCUCUGUCCAAUCGGAUGCCAGGAGGAAUGGGGUUGUUAUCGAAGUCACGCGGCAGUACUGUGACUAACUGAAUGGUCGGGAAACGACGGUGAAUAGCUGUGGAGGAGACGCUGAAUAAAAGGGUUUAAUAUUCUCCUCAGGGUGGUUGCAUAAGCCUGGUUCCUCAUGGCGAGCAGGGAGGUGGGCGAGACGACUCCCCUCUUGGAGGGGUCAGGGACUGCCAGCAGAGCUCCGGGGUCCAUCUUCCAAGGCAGGAGGCUGGCCUGUGCUGCCAUCCUGCUGGCUGAGUCCCUGGAGCGAGUGGCCUUCUACAGCAUCACCUCGAACUUGGUGCUCUUCCUAAACAGCAAGCCCUUCUACUGGGAGGGGACGCAGGCGAGCCAGGCGCCCCUAGUCUUCAUGGGGGUCACCUACCUAAUCUCCCCGUUUGGGGGCUGGUUGGCGGAUGCCUGCCUCAGCAAGUUUUGGACCAUUGCGGUCAGCCUGGUUCUGUACCUGGCUGGCAUUCUCUUCUUCCCCUUUGUGGCGGAUGAAGGAUCCCAGACUGCCCUGUGUGGGGAAGAAAUGGCCUUCCCCGUGCAGCCCCCGGAGUGCCUGAGUUUCAACGGCACGCUACCCAGCAAUGUGUCCUGUCCCACUCGCGCUCCUUACUGUGGGACCGUGGUAUACAGUGGCCUGGUCCUCAUCGCCUUGGGCGUUGGGACGGUGAAAUCGAACAUCACUCCAUUUGGGGCUGAUCAGGUAAAAGACAGAGGACCGGAGGCAACGCGGCGGUUCUUCAAUUGGUUCUACUGGUGCAUCAACCUGGGAGCCAUCUUAUCUCUGGGUGGUGUGGCCUACAUCCAGCAAAACAUUAGUUUCAAGUUGGGUUAUAUCAUCCCAGCUGUAUGCUUGGGCGUGUCCCUCCUGGUCUUCCUCCUGGGGCGCACCGUCUUCAUCACCAAGCCGGCUGAUGGCAGUGCCUUCACCGACAUGUUCAAGAUCCUCAGUUUCGUUUGCUGCUCAUCCCGUAGGCCCAAGGAGCCACAUCUACUCCGUCCUAGACCACGGCUGCUGGACACCGCUAAAGUGACCUACGGGGGGGCAUUCUCGGAGGAGAAGGUGGAGGAGUUUAAGGCCCUGGUAAAAAUCAUCCCCGUCUUCUUGGCACUCAUCCCCUACUGGACUGUGUACUUCCAGAUGCAGACAACAUAUAUCCUGCAAAGCCUGCACUUGAGGAUCCCAGAGUUUUCCUGGAAUAUCUCAUCGAACAGCAGUACCCCAAACCAGGUGUCCUUCCGCUUCCCGGCGGCCUGGCUCACCAUGUUCGACGCCGUGCUCAUCCUCCUGCUGAUCCCACUGAAGGACAAGGUGGUGGACCCCGUGCUGCGCCGUCGGGGCCUGCUGCCCUCCCCGCUCAAGAGGAUCGCCGUGGGAAUGUUCUUCGUCAUGUGGUCCGCCGUGGCAGCUGGGAUCCUGGAGACCAAGAGACUGGAGGACAUCAACCUUCAUGGCACCAUUGACCAGAUAAUCAGUGGGGUGACCUUCCAUGCCUCAGACCUGCCCGUGUGGUGGCAGAUCCCCCAGUACGUCUUGAUUGGCAUCAGCGAGAUCUUCGCCAGCAUUGCGGGUCUGGAGUUUGCUUACUCUGCUGCCCCCAAGUCCAUGCAGAGCGCCAUCAUGGGACUCUUCUUCUUCUUCUCCGGGAUUGGCUCCUUCGUGGGCUCCGGCCUGCUGGCCCUCGUCUCACUCAGGGGCAUUGGCUGGAUGUCUUCACACAAGGAUUUCGGCAACAUCAACGACUGCUCCCUGCAUUACUAUUUCUUCCUGCUGGCUGGCAUCCAGGGGGCGACGCUGCUCCUUUUCCUCAUCGUGUCUGUGAGGUACGAGCAGCAGAGAGCUCGCUCUGGAAGCCUGAAGCACGGAGCAGCCACGCCCUCCUGACCCGGCCAAAUAUCUCCCUCACGGAUUGGGGGCUUCCAACUGUGCUUUUUUUUUUUUUCUUUCUUCUUUUACGCUUUUGCAGUCCUGCUUCUGUGUGUAACACCAGAAUUAAUGACUAAGGUAUGACUAUUUAUCCUGAGAGCAAAUAUGAGAACAGCGUGAUUUAUGUUCUUGAAUAUUAUACAUAUUACGAGUAUGAAUACCUCAUUUUAAGAUGACUCCCCUAAAUUUACUCUUGGCUUUUAAUGAAUUACAGAAUUUUAAAUAAUUCGUUUUACCAUAUUAAUUCUUAGAGAAGAGGCAUCUUAAAUAUUAUUGCACACUUGAUGUAUUUUUUAAUGAGAUUUUUAUAUUUAUAUGUAUUAUUUAAGAAUAUGGGUCCUGGAUUUUCUCAUAUUAAUGUAGGUUGUGUGACAGUGUGUAACGAUGGUGGUGGACUAGACCACUCCUCUGGUAGAUGUCAUGGCUUUGUGCGUCCCUUGUCUCCUCUGAUAAAUAAGCACUGCGACUGAAGGGUUCCUUUUAUGUUUGUACAACUAAUACACUUAAGUAUUUGCUUCCUUUCUCGGUUAACUCAAUCAAAACAGCCAAAUACCACCUAUCUUAUGUAAGUAAUGUAGAUGGUGGUUUACAUGGAAUACCCGUAACUUUUUGUGUAAAGAAAUGUUUUAUGUAUAUAUACGAUUUAUUUAAGGGAAUAGGUUUUAUUUCAUGCUACUAGUGGCUUAUACAAAGUGUGUGUUCAGGAAAGUGGAUACCCUGACAUCUAAUGUCAGCCUAUUGACUAUUUUUUUUUGUACAGUUUUUGCAUAUGUGAGAUUUUGUGUAUAUCAUCUCCCUUCCGUUUGAAUGGAGCUGCUUUGAAAGAUGUCGAAGGACUUGGUCAUCUUGUUGCUGUUCCUGAGUUCAGCACCAACACGCAGCUUCGAUCUGCUAGACGGCUUUCCUUUUCUUCAGCUCCUACCUGCAUCUGCCUGGUGGUUUUUCAUGCACCUGGGUUCAGGGCUUUAACAAAUGAAUGUGUCACCAUAGUGAUAAUCACACUGUUUACAAUGGAGACACCUGCACUUUGUAAAGGAUUAAUUAUCUGUCUAAAAAGCCCGGUCUGGAUAGAGCAUUUAAAAUGCAAACAUUAAUAGCAGAAUAAAAAACAAUAAUUUCAAGGUUAAAAAUUAUAAUUAUGAAAGCAGAUAAAGAUCUAACACAAGGACAUUAAUGAUGGAAUUUGUCGUUAACAUUAUUCAUUGUCAGUCAUCGUCAGCAUCGUAUGAGUCAUACUUGCUUGUCAGUAGGAAUAGGUCUAUUGAGUUGUGAACUCAUUACAUCUUCAUUGUUUGGCACUUUAGCCUGUGGUUUGUAGUACGACUCAAGGGAGAGUCCCACACUUUUAUGCAUCUUUUAAUAAAGGUGUUAAUGUUGUGAUUGAUCACAAUAUAGACUUUCUAGUGGGGCGUUUGAAUUUUAACAGUGACUGUGUGGAGAGUGUGCUCAGAUUUACUCGCAUCCCCGAGAUCAGAAGCUCAUCUUAUGUGUGCACAUUACUUUAGAAGCUUAGCACUCCGGAGGUGAGAGGGUCAUGGCACCAUCACGGUGCUUGACAUUAAAUAUGGAGCACUACAGUGUUUGACAGUAAACUUUUAUUUUUCCCUAAGCAGGUGUGGCUCUAUUAAUCUAUGCUGAAUUGGCAUAUACUCAUGAAGCUGAAAAGCCCAUUUAUAUGCAGACAGCAGUUGGGGCAGACACUCCAGUUACUGUAAUUCUCAGGUAACCACUGAAGCCUGCGUGUCUUCCACGGUUUACAGAAGCUCAGGGUCUUGUUACAGGAGCCCCAUGUGGGUGUUCUGAUCAUGCCUCUGAGCGGUGGGACGCGUCUGGCUCUUACCUUAACCAUCAAAUAGGGUGAUUUCCAGCUGAAGCCUUCCUAAGAUUUCUCAAGUGCGUCUUUUACAGCGUCCACAUUUACAUCCUUGUGACAGCCAUGGCCAUAAACGCUCCAUGUCUGUAAUUUGCAGUGGCUUUAAUGUUUUGCGAUGCUUCUGAGAUAACCCUGCUGAAGUGAUUGACAUUUGUAUUGUAUCCUUUUCUAUUAAAAUGCAAUUUGUGCCUUUAA